GAUUUGUAGAUCGUUGGAGGAAAACUUCAUUUAUUAGAAUACAAGGUAAGUCAAACUAUUGGACUGAUAAAGCCAAGUAAAAAUGUCUUGCUAAUUUAUCCGGUCGAGAAAAACCACGAAAAACUAGAUUUAGGGUAGAUAAUUUGAGUGGCUUUGAAAUUGACUGUCUCAGAAAUUCAAGUUUUAAGUGAUCUUGUCUCGUUAUUUCUGAAAUAACUUUUUGAAUGGUGAAAAGCGUGUUUGUGAUCGAAGAUGCAGGCAUUUGUGUUCUCGUUUCAUGAGUCGUUCGUUCAACUCACCGCUUUCUUAUACUGAGUUAUUUUUCUUUGAAUCGAUCGAUGGCAUGACAAGCUAGGUUUUAGCAGUCCCAUGAUGUUGCGAUUUAUUUAAUUCAUUCACUAACUACAGUCAGGUCACUGAUUUUUAAACUGACUACAAGAUACAAUUUAGUAAAGAAUUUCACUUAAUAUUUCAAAUGGGUUUUUGUAUUUUGAUGGUAGAUGGAAUGUUCUACUUGAUUUUAAUUUGCGAAAAACAGUCUAAAGUAGUUUCGCACGGCCCAUAAAGAAUAGAGAGAAAAGUUGGCUUCAAAACAAACUGGAGUUAUUGACAUUAACAAUAAGGUUUCUCCAGGAUAUCAGUACCUUUUACAAAGAAUGUCAGUUAAAAGAAUGUGAAAACUCAGGAAGAAUGAUAUUUUUGUCCGUAUACCCCAGGAAACGCAAAGUCGCGAUUGACGAACCACUGAAAACUCAGUAAAGUCGGUUAAAAUGAUGAAUAGGCGCUACGUUUACCAAUAGCAAAACCACGUGUUGUCGAUGUGGUUAAUUUUCUAGAUGUAGUUCUAGAACCCGCCUGUCCACACUUGGAGGUAUAUUUUAACCUCAAUAGUGAAUUCUUAAAUUGACAAUCCGUUUUGUAAUAUGGUGUUUCGUAUACCGGCAAUUUAGGUAUGAAUAAUGUUUCAGAAGUCAUGUGUUCCAUACAUGCACGCUUUUUAUUGAAGAUACAAUGUCAGGCAACUUAACAAAACACAUCCAGUUUAAAGUUUAAAGUGCUGUAUCUGUGUAUAUGUUUAUGUAGGCUGUGUGUUAAAAUAUGUCUAGUGUUGAAAAAUGAUCAGUCCUUCAGUUGCUUCUUUUUUUUUUCUUCGCGAAAGACAGUAGGAACCGGUUUAAGGCGGAAAGAUCAAGCUCUUUUUUCGCCUAGUUCAUAGAAAUUUGCUUCAUUUGCCUCUGCUCAUAUCAGUUCCCGUUGAUAACAGUCUCACGAUUUUUUCAAACCUUUUCAAACAGAAUUGUUCUAAUCGAAGGCAAAAGAGAGGGGAUUUGGCUCUGGAUCUCGCCUCAUGACCCCAAGCAUAAAAUCACCCUAUGGAUUUCGUUAAAUUUUCAUACUGAUAUUACUGAUAUUGGGAAACUUGUACUUUAUAUUAUAGUAUCAUAUCUAUUGAUGUUGGAAAAUCCAAAAUGUGGAUUAGAAAGACUUUUUAUUUAACCGCCACCCACCUUUUCUUCAUAAAGCGCCAAAAGGACUUCUUCAAAGCACACAGGAAAAAAUUUCCAAUUUUGCAAGCUCAUCUAGAUAUCUAUAGAUUCGUUUUAUGAGUGUAGGUAGAGCAAUCACAUAUCAUACAAUGAACAACAACAAAAACUAGGUAAAAUUUAUAAUCUAGCAUCUCACUUAUUUCCAUAGAAGAAUAUAAUUAUGCGUAAAGGACAAUAAUGAUACUUUCUUGCUUAAGAACACACUAAAGAAAAGGAAACGUUAGCUUGGAGGCAGCAAUUUGAUUGGUUCAGAAGACAGUACAUUGGUCUAUACCGUAAACUGUCCGCGUUUGAAGCCCUGCGCUUAUACACCUUCGUAAGGGGUUUUUGGAUAAAUAGAGGGGCUAAUAUAUCCGGGGGGAAAAGCGCAUCAGAACAAGCUAUAGCAUUGCUGAUAAAAAAUGCGUUUUGUUUUCACAGUUUUUCAAUGAAGCAUAAUAAAUCGAAUUCGUUGAAAUACAAGCUAAAGGUACCUUGUAUCCGGAGGUCUUAUUAUCGGAUCCAUUAUUUGUCUGUGCAGGAGUACACCUUUUUUUAUAUAAGAAUAUAAUGUUGCAUGUUUUCCCGGUCCAGGGUGAAUUUUCUUAUUUUCCGCCGAUUUUAGGCUGGAAAUAUUCUUGUAUUAUUCUUAAACUAUAGCUUAUGACAUUUCCGUUUUGGAAUAUAUUGGGAUAUCAAUUAUAGUCAGUGCCGAUUUUUUUUUUUUUUUUUUUUUUUAGCCAGUUUUGCCGUUUAAAGAAAGGAAUAAUUUGAAAACAGAUUUUCACCACACAAAAUUUUAUCCUUUUCAAAAUCUCCGCCUGGUAUUCUUAAAGUAUUCUUAAAAUUUCGCAAAUUCCAGCCUCGAUAUUCUAACUUAUAAAAUGUAGUCUUGAAGAAAAAAAAGCGUGUAGAUGGGCUUAUGACUGGGAGGGCCUAUAAGAUAAGUGAGAUAAAAAGUUUAUUAUGAAAACAAGGGGCUUGCAUUAAGAAAUUAAGAGCGGAUAAGUAAAUAUCGGCAGGCUACAAAAGUGAAAAAGUAACUAGGUAAGCUAUUAACAUAAAUGUAAUUUUUCUUAUCCAUUUUACGUGGUCCCCUCCAGGAACUGUCAAAAAAAGUAUAAAUUCAAAUGCAGAAGGACAAACUUAUUCGAGAUAAAACAUUUUAUUAUAGAAAACAAGGAAGCACAAAAUAUACCAACUGCAUUAAGAAAUUAGCUAUCUUCUGCUACCAAACGCACGAGUCACGUAAGGUUGUCAAAGGGCAAAGCACAAUAAUAAACUUCAAAAAGCACAACGUUUCUGCGUCCAGGAAUUAGACUUUAGCGGACAGAACAAUGCCUACGAGUGUAUGUUUCAUACCUUAGCAUAGGUUUCCUAGAUACUGGAAAUAAAAAACAUCAAGGACAGCAUCAGCAAGAGCAUCUUCGGCUGCUCUCAAACGACAGAGAUUGCGUUACUUUUCACAGAUUGACCGCUUACCACCUGUUUUUGGGCUCGCAUUUCGACGGAAAGCUUGCCUCGAGAGGCGCGCGGCACGGAUCUGAACUCUUCUUCACGAGACAUUGAGCUGAAUUUAUCGGAAAUAUGCCACCACCACCAACAACAUGAGGAAAACGUGGAGGAAAAAAAAUUGAAUGAAAUAAACAUAACUAAAAAAAAUCGGUUUCCAGAGAAGCGACGACAUUAAUUGGAGAACCGAAUCUUGGAUGAUUUAUUUAUAUAGCAAGCUUGAUAAUGUUGAGCGUGAACGAGUUGUUUUCUCCACGACCUGUCUUCGGAGUAGACGAAGUAGGGCACAAUUACGUCAAUGUGUGGUGCUUUUGUCGGUCAAAAAUAAUGUGACAAAAACGGGUAAAAAGAGUCAUUUGUAAACUAAUGUCGGAGGUACUACAAGCUUGAUUUUUAAUAGCUGAAUUAAUGAUAAACGGUUGACGUCAAUGAACAUAACAAGUCGACAGAAUUAAAGAAUUUUAGAGGUUGUGUAAUUUCAUAAACAGCAAAAAUGCUUUUGCUUACAACCAUUAACCCCACCUUUAAUGAAGGCACCUUACAAAAAUGUUGAGAUUUGGGGUGGGGGGGGGGGGGAAGAAGAUGUAGAAAAAGUUGGGCGUACCUCCGGAAAAAUCCUGACUACGCACCUGCUAAAGCCUGAAACUGAACAACAGGAGUCUUGACGAAACGUCCUCAGUUAUCACCCGGUCCGGGUUCGUACUUUCAAGGAAACGCUGAUCAAGAAUCACUGAUGACGGAAUGAAGACUCCUCGUAGCUUCCAGCGAAAAAAGGAGUGACAACAGUGGUAAGCGGUCGUUCUGUGAAAUGUAACGCAAUCUUUGCCGUUUACGAUCUUUCGGCACUUGGAUUUGAAACGUUGUUGUUUGGUAUGUUUUCCCGUGUGGAUACUUGCCAUUUCCAAUAUAUGGAAAUACCAUGCUAAGGUACGAACAACAGACAUUCACAACAUUGUUUUGUACGCUAAAACGUUUUGAAUUUUUUUAGUGCUUUGCCCUCCCUUUGACAACUUCACGUGACUGGUGCACUUGGCAGGAGUUGACAGCUUAAAUCUGCCUUUCUUGAUAGCAAACGGCAUUAAUUUAUAUCAGAUCGCUGUAUAAACACGUCUUGGUUUCUGAAAGCUGAUAACAUGAAACCGCUAUUGCUCAAACUGAUUUCUUAAUGUAUUUUUCCAGGUUUUUAGCAUCGACCCCUGAGUCUCGAUAUUUACUGACAUCCGCUCUUAAACGUUUCAACGAGUCCAAAGACUGGGUCCGAAUCUUACAGGUCUUCGCUGCCAGACCGUUUUCUGUUCAGUUUUCAUAACGUUUUUUGACAUCCUCCACUGCGCCAAAUUUUGUAUGAUUGCACUGUUCAAAAUGUGACAUCUAACAACUUUCGCACUUCAACACAUAAUGAUUAAGUAUACAACUGAUUUAACCAGUCUAACAGAUUGUCUUUAAAAUUCUCUUCUCUCCUUUUCGACUAAAUUUGCUUGGUUAUAAAUCGCAUUUUUCCCUGUCCUUUUUUUUUAAAUUGUAAAAUGGUGGUCUGGCCUGUGACUCGGAUUCAAUUAAAAGUUUGUGACUGUGGCCCUCUUAAGAAGAAUAUUGCUAAUGGGCAUUAUUAUCUACAACAAAGUGAUACAAUAUGUAGCCACAAACUGUUUGCGUACUGAGAAAUUUAAUUUAGUUUUGCAACGCUAACUAAACCUUAGCCAUCGUCGUCACAAUGAAAGCUCUUGAAAUGUCAUAAUUAUAUCGGAGACAAUUUUAGCAGCAAACUAAUUUCCUCAUUUCAGUAAUUGCUUUUAUUUCGUUCUCAAUGGAAAAGAGUUUCGCGGUUUGGUUAUUAAAAACUUCACUUAGUGUAAUCGUUAACGUGGGAAUAUUGGGAGCAGAUGGUCGCAUUUCUCCUUCAAAGAACUCUUGAAGAGGUUUCAGGCCUUGGAGCAGUCGGUUCUGGUAUUGGAGAUCUUUUGGUUUCUAAGGCGAGGACGAUUACGAGCACGAGAUUUUCUCAAUACUAAGCAGUGCGCGCGUGUGAACCAUUUGGCGGGAAGACACGAUAGCCGUCGUAAGUAUGAGGUUUUAGAGAUAAUCAGUCGUAGAAGCGGAAACAAGCUAUUAACCAAUAAAUGUUAGAAGUUUUAUAAUUUUUUGUUAAGGGAGAGGGCUUAAUCUCCCGUCUUCAAUAAAAAUAAUCGUGUUAUCUUCAAUUUCAAAUGGAAAAAAGCCUAUGAAGCUUUCCGGGUGUCUAUUUUUGAAAAAACGAGAAAAAAAGUUUGAGUCGAGUCUCGUCCUUGUUGUCGUCCUUGUCCUCAAAUCUAAGGGGCCGACCAUUUAACUCUUGAGGGGGGGGGAUUUUGAAAAAAAAUUCAUGCAAGCGCUUGUCGGAAGAAAAAAAAUUGCAUGCAGCACAAAUGUAAUAUAAAGCUUAUGGGAAAAAAAGGGAAAAAAAUAUCCUGCCCACCAGAUUGUUAGAAAAAAAUUCUUGAUGACCAGAAAUCACCCCCAACCCUCCAAGAGUUAAAUGGUCGGCCCCUAAAGGUCUCUACUUUUCAGAUGGUUGUCUUAUUAACUUUCUUGAGUUUACAGCGCAUUUAUACAAGUUUCAGGCAACUAUUUUGGCUCGCCUUCUCAUUAUUGGGAAGUUUAAUUUCCACAGAAAAAUAAGCAAAGCAGCCGUAAUUCUUGAGAUGGAAGUAGUGAUUAUCCGUAAUUACGAGGAAAACUUAGUAAAACCAAAAAAACUUAGUAAAGUUAAAAUGAUGAAUAGGCGCUACGUUUACCGAUAGCAAAACCACAUGUUGUCAAUCUGGUCAAUUUUCUAGAUGCAGUUCUAGAACCCGCCUGUCCACACUUGAAGAUAUAUUUUAACCUCAAUAAUGAACUCUUAAAUUGACAACCCGUUUUGUAAUAUGGCGUUUCGUAUACCGGCAAUUUAUGUAUGAAUAAUGUUUCAGAAGUCAUGUGUUCCAUACACGCUUUAUAUUGAAGAUACAAUGUCAGGCAACUUAACAAAACAAUUAAAGCAAUAGAGGGUGUGAUUCUGUCGAUCUAGCAGCAACGUAAGAUUUCUUCAGCAUCGUAAAUGUUCGAGAAGUUAACAAUAACAACAAUUCGCAAGAUCGUUUGAAGCGUUUCAUCAUUUCCAGAAUCAUUUUUAGUUAUCUCAAACAUUUAAUAUUAAUUCUUGGGUAGGAAACUUCCGAUUGUUUAUUUUGUUAAUUAAUAGAACGCAUUCGAACGAAGGUUCCGAAAUCAGAAAUUGAAUUUACUUGACACAUCUGCAGGCACAUAGGUCGACCCCUAAAGAUGAGUUGAGGUCUGUCUCCAGGGGCGUAGCCAGCCCACAGACCUGUAGGCCCGGGCGCGGGCCUACAAAUUUUUAAUAACUUAUGUGUUGUUGGGGUGAGCUAAAAAGCUUAAGAGCUCAAAGUUUUGGUGAGGUCAGUCAUAGUAGCAAUCAAUGCGUGUAAUUUUCAGGAUAUGGGGAAAUGAAAGUCAGCCAGGCCUACAACUAGUCGAAAAGCUGGAUACGCCCCUGGUCUCAAUGCUGUGAAUGCUAUUCAAUGGAUACGGGCAAAUACGGAACCUACCCUUAACAAUUUGCUAUAAUUUAGUACAUACAGGAUAUUACACGGUGGCGCGAAGUGAUAUGAAUUUUAUUUUCGAGUGGCAAAACAAUAUUUUACGAACGAGCGCAGCGAGUGAGUAAAAUAUUGUUUUUCCCACGAGAAAAUAAAAUUCAUAUCUUCAAGCCGACGUGUAAUGUUCUUUUUAUUAUAUAGACAAAAAGACAUCGAUAAAAUAAUAGAGGGAAAUGACCGAAAUUACGUCAUCGAUAAUCUCACGCGUGAGAUUAUGGAGAAUAAACCACUCGGGUCCCGGAUGUAGUUUUUACGAAUUUUAGUUACGAAAGGUAUAUUUUCCAGUAAAACACUCGUGUCUAUAUAAUAAAUAUUUAUCUUUACUCUAGUUACCAGGUGAUCUCAAGCAUGUCUAUAGUUCAAGUUAAAGCUCUCCUAGUUCUUGCUGUCGCAUUAUUCGCGUGUUACCUCACAGAAGGUUGGUAUUAAACGAUAUCACCUUUAGCAUCGUGUUUUUCAUGGGAAACAGCAAUGAACGCCUUGCUUAAAUUUGAAAACCAGCCAACGUGAAACUGCAAAAGCGUAACUGCAAACUACAGUUUGCAGUUCCCCAUAAAACACCUGAUGCUAAAUGUCUCUAAUAUCCAUUAAAUAAUGCAAUUGAUUUUCCAAACCCUGAUCUUCUGAAUGGUGGAACUCACCUGUCAAAUUUUGACCAAUCAGAGCAUAAAAAUUGGACGGUCGUAGAGCGUGAUCAACGCGUGACUAUGGCAACUGGAGCCGGGAUAACGAAUAAAACUUCAAGAAGAGUUCGUAAUGAGUUAUCUCAUAAAAAGUGAAGGGGUAACGCAAGCUGAGGUAAGGUAAGCUACUGAACAAUUAGUUACACAUGGCACAAAACAAUGGCUAACCAACAAUAGUUUGAACCGCAACACCAAGACACCAGAAGGUAAUGUACAACGAAUUCACUUCUGGUUGCACUUGUCUCAUUUGUCGAACAAUGAUUUUUGCAAUUUUCCUUUUGUUCUUAGCCAAAUUGAGAAAACUAGGCUGCUACAACGACAGCAGUGAAAAAAGAGCAAUGCCAGUAUUAAUUGCUAACUUCAGACGGAGCGAUAUCGAUUGGAAUGAUCUAAGACGUUCUGUCAUCACAAAGUGCAAGGAGAUGACCAAGGAAAGGGUAAUCAGAUUACUUUGUCAAUCGGAUAGGCACAGCUAAAUAAUGCUCCACUUGACUUGCUGUCUUCAUAAGUUACUCCUUUUAUCAUCAUGAUCAGCUAAGCGCUAAUAACUAUAUAAUGCCGCUGAAGUCAGUAAAGAGGUAACGUUUUGUUGCGCAGUAGGAGUAAGAGGAGGGCCGGGUGAAAUCUUUAAAAAGCUUCAGAAAUUAAGUGAUUUACGCAACGUCCUUCUCAGAGUCUCUCUUUUUUUGUCUGUGUCAAACAAACAUUAGACCACAUUCACGUCAAUGGACUACUAUAUUGAAAUUUAGCAAUCUUAGGAAGAUUUAAAUGCAACAGUCUCAAUAUAACAAGCAGUAUACUUGCUUGUUUAAUACUUCCUCUUAAUCAAAAUUUAAUACCUUUCCGUAGUGACGAAAUUACCGCGGACGGGCUAUGCAAGCAGAAGCUAGUUCUCCAGGCAGGUUAAACUAAGCUCGACAGGUCUAAGAUAAGGGCAGUGACAGUAACUCAAGGAGUAAGAAUAUUCACGCUCAGAGACUGGGGAAAAAUAUUGAAAGCAACAGAUCCAGAGAACUCGGUCUUGUGAUAAGUCUGGUUAUGAUUUUAAAAAAGCCAUUUUGAUUUUGUAUAUUAAGUUGAUUUGCUUCUAUUUCAGCGUUAUAAAUGUUUCGGAAUACAGUUUUAUGCUGAAUGUUGGUCUGGAGAGGAAGCAUGCACAGAAUACAAGAGAUAUGGCGAGUCUCAGGAGUGCUUUUGCUCUGGAGAUGAUUACAAAAAACAUAAGAAAUAUGAGCCGUGCAAAGAUCCCGUUGGUGGAGAAUAUGCCAACUUUGUUUACGAAAUCGAUGACUGA